GGUGGAAGUUUUUAGAGCUAACUUGAGGUUCAGCACUAAGGAGUUAUCUGCUUGACUAGGCUAACCUUCUAGAAUCAGAAUGAACACUGCAGGUGUCUUUGUGCUUCUGAGCCUGUCCCUCUUCUGCCUUUUUUCAGAUGUGGUUGCCCAACGUGGGAGACAGGUUGACUGUAGUCAGUACAUGGACAGCUCUUCACACUGCUCCAGAGAGGCUCAGCCUAUCUGUGGAACAGACAAUGAAACUUAUGGAAACUUGUGUGCUUUUUGCAAGGCAGUUGGGAGAAAGAGAAACCUUGCUGUUCAGCACAUGGGGAAGUGCAGCUAAAACUCAAAACCUGACAGCCACCACUGAGAGCGACGCAAUUCAAUUCUACUUAGCUCUCCGCUAAUAUUUGUGGAUCAUCUGCAUGGAGGUGUGAAUUGUUGGUGUUCUCUCCUUUGGGCUUCUGGUAAUGCGGUUGUCUCCAUUUUACAUGUUCAAUAAAGCACAACUCAGCAGAA